AUGAGGGCAUUUACACAUGCCCUAUUCUUAUCAUACUUCACUUAUGUCGCUGUUGCUACACUUUCCGAACCCAAAAGCUCGCCUGGUUUAUGUGUGAAAAGCUGUGAAAGUUCUCUGCAGUCACUGCGAUAUAUUGAUGCAAGCGCUGAGGCAUCAGCACCACAGCAAGCUUGCCAAAGUCGUCUCUCUCUAUCAUCAACGUAUCUGUGUCUUGGCCUCAACUGUGGAAAGGAGACACGCGACCGGGCUUUGCGACAACUCAAUACUACCUGUUACGAUUCGUUUGGUAGCUCUAUCCCGUCCUUCAAGACGGGGUUUACCGAUGAAGAGAUAGCAGGGCUAAAGAGAAUCAACAAAAAUGACUCCUUUAACCAUGAGAACCCUUUGAAUGGGGUAGUUAUCCCAUCACCUGAAUUAUUCAGUGCUUGGUUCAAUACUUUGGAUGCCUCUGAAUAUGCGCGUAGACACCAUUAUCUCUAUGGCAUCGGCGUGAUGGUUUUUUGGAUUGUUGUCGCAUUGUUAGGCGCUUCAUACAAAGUUUAUUUAGCAAUCUUUCGGAUGUAUCGUAGCCAAGAUCGCUUUACAUCUGUUGGAAUUCGCACGCAGACGAGUUCGUGGUUUAAGCGCAAUGUGGCCAUUCCUGCAACAUUUGGGUACAGGUGUGCUCAGAAUGUCUGGUGGGCUACUAUUCCGCCACGAAUCCAGACGAUUACACUCAUAAUAUUUUUUCUGAUGAAUGCCAUCUUCAGCAUCCAUGGCUACAGAAUUAUUGAUGAAAGCCUCUAUUUUUCCACGCCUACGAAACAGGUACUGCGUUAUGUCUCAGAUCGUACUGGAAUAAUUUCUUUCGCCAAUUUUCCUUUCAUAUGGCUAUUUGGAAUGAGAAAUAAUGUCGCUCUGUGGCUUACUGGUUGGGACUUUGGGACGUAUAACAAUUUCCAUCGGUGGUGUGCCCGAAUAUCGACUAUAGAAGCUGUCAUCCAUUCUGUUCUUUAUACAGUUCUAAUAUUCAUGGAUGGAGGAAUAACUUAUUACGCGUGGUGGUUCACUAUGUGGUUUUGGAACGCUGGUCAAAUGGCCACAGUUUUUAUGUGCGCGCUGUUAAUACUUUCUGUGUACUGGAUAAGGCGUCGAUUUUACGAGACAUUUCUGGUCAUCCACAUUGGACUAUCCAUCCUCCUCUUAUUAACGAUGCUUGGACAUGUAUCGAUAUUCAACGGAGAAUACGAUGCAUUAUUUUGGGCCCCAGCGAUCAUUUGGGUCUUCGAUCGAAUAAUGAGGGUUUUGCGAAUCAUCAUGUUCAAUCCUGGACACUGGUCAACUGUUGCAUUGGCAAGCUACAAUGACUCUGCAAAUAUCAUCCGCUUAGCUGUUCCCAUUGGUAGCGCAUUAUACAAGCCUCGGGCCGGCAACUAUUUUUUUCUGUCAAUAUUAGACGACUCGAAUUCCUGGGAGAGCCACCCUUUCACCGUUGCUUCGAUAUCAGACGAGAUGCCGCAAAAGAUGGAGGUCUCAGAGGAGAGUCUACCGCUUUUGGGCUCCAUUAUGACAACCCCAGAGACUAAUUCUCAGUAUACAACACUAGAAGCAACAAAUGAGCAUAUGACAUUUCUCAUCAGACCAUAUAAUGGAUUCACAAUGCGCCUCAGAGAUAUGUUGGCUAACGAAGAGGCGAAUCCCAAGCCUCUUAGAAUACUGGUAGAUGGGCCAUAUGGACAUACACAGAAACUACACGAGUAUCAUCGCGUUAUUUUCAUCGCUGGAGGAUCGGGAAUUGUCGUUGCGCUGUCAUACCUGACCUCUCUCUUCAAAGAAAUAAAAACGCCGGCCAAAAUCGAUCUAUAUUGGGCGGUCAGAGAAUCUGCAUUUGCAAAGGAUAUUUUAUCUUUAUAUUUGUUAUCCAAAGGGGUCAAGCAGGCUAUAGAAACAGGCAAACUAUCUCUGCAACUCUAUACAUCUUCCCAGCUAGAGGGCCUUUAUAUUGACAGUUUACCAAGUCAAGUACAACACCAUGUUGGUCGACUUGACAUUGGCUUGGUCAUUACGUCGGCGGCAAGGGAUACUCGGGCCGGUAAUUUAGCUGUCGUUGCAUGUGGACCCGCAAAGAUGGAAGACGAUUCACGACUGGCAGUGGUCCAUGCACUGAAAGAGGGAAACCACCGUAUCGAUUAUUACGAGGAAAGUUUUAUAUGGUAA